AUGGAAAACAUGAUUCUUGUCUCUGGGAAGUGGAAAGUUGAAAAAACUAAGUGGUUAUUUGAGGUAGAUAAUGAUCGAGGAAGCAUAGCAGUUGCUGGCAAUGAGGACACUCGAUUUGAGGAUUUUGUGAAAACCAUAUUUGAGGAUUAUGGAAUUGAUUCUGCAGAAAACGACUUGGAACUGAGGUAUCUUUUUCCGAGGCAGAAUCUACACAAUAAAAGCAUCAAUACACCACCUGUGAGAGUAGGAAACGUUAGGCAGUUUCAUGCAUUCUUGGGUCUUUCCAAAGUGCAGAACGUUCAGCUAUGUGUAGAGUUUAAAGUGAAAAAAAUUGUUGCAGAAGGAGCUGUGGAAGAUCAGAAACAACCCAUACAAGGAGAUGACUCGUCUUGUGAAGAUGAAGAAGAUACAGACGAAGAGGGUGAUCGAUUCGAUUACUGCGAUGAUUCUGAUGGCGCAACAUCUGAUGAUGAAAACUUUACUGCAUAUGGGCUUCCACUAAACCAUGUAGAAGAGGUUCAUGGAUCUUCUACAAAAGUUACAAUUCGAAAGAUGCAUUACUGGAAAUCUCAUCGUACACUUAUUGUUGCUAGAGAUCUUGUAAUGGGUUCUUCAGAGAGUGGAUAUGAAGAAUUACCUACUUACCUGCACAUGAUUAGAAUGUCGAAUCCAGGGACUUUAACUCAACUGGAAGUUGAUACAAGCAACAGAUUUAAGUACUUAUUUCUUGCAUUCGGCGCUAGCAUUGUUGGCUUUCCAUAUAUGAGGAAGGUUGUGGUGGUUGAUGGGACGUUUUUGCAAGGGAAAUACAAAGGAACACUUCUGAUUGCAACCUCACAGGAUGGUAAUUUUCAAAUAUUUCCAAUUGCGUUUGCUGUGGUUGACACAGAGAAUGAUGAAUCAUGGACAUGGUUUUUCCGCCAACUCAGUCGUGUGAUCCCCGAUGAUGAAGGAUUGGCAUUAAUCUCUGACAGGCACAAGUCAAUUGGGAAAGCUAUUGCAGUGGUCUAUCCAUUGGAAAGCAGAGGAAUUUGCACGUACCACUUAUAUAAGAACAUCUUGUUACGAUACAAAGGGCGUGAUUUGUUUGGUUUGGUCAAAAAAGCUGCCUACUCUUUUAGGUUGACUGAUUUUCAAGCAACCUUCGAGACAAUCAAAGAGUUAAACCCAGCUUUGCAUGCAUAUCUGGAACGUGCUGAUGUACAGAUGUGGGCACGAGCUCAUUUUAGAGGUGAUAGAUAUAACCUCCUAACAAGUAACAUAGCUGAAUCCAUAAACAGAGCUUUGUCCGGUGCUAGAAGCUUGCCAAUUGUUCACCUUCUAGAGUCGAUCCGAUUAAUGAUGACACGCUGGUUUGCAAAAAGAAAACAUGAUGCUGAGUUGAUGAAAACCUCUCUUACUCGUGGUGUAGAGAAGGUGUUGGAGGGCCGGAUGCCUAUUGCUAAUCUACUAAAGGUUCAAGUAAUAGACAUUCAUCAGUCACAAGUGACAGGAGUCUCGUCUUUACAUGUUGUAAAUCUAAGCGAGAAGAAAUGUUCAUGCCGUAGAUUUGAUUUGGAGAAGCUACCAUGUGCUCAUGCUAUAGCUGCUGCGGAAGCUAGAAAGAUAUCAUGUAUAUCACUUUGUCAUCAUUACUAUCGGAAGCAAUACCUGUACAACGCGUAUAACACUGCUGUUAUGCCCAAAGAUGAUGCCGUCCCAAUUCCAGAAGAGGUUGCCAAGAAGAUAUGUUUACCACCUGAGGUCCGCCAACCACCAGGAAGACCAAAAAAAUCAAGGCAUAAAUCUAUAUUAGAGAAAGUUGCAGUCAAGAAGCGGCCACGGAAGGAACACACAUGUAGAAUUUGUAACCAGACGGGUCAUAAUUCUACAACAUGUCCUCUAAACUGA